GGGCUCCCUUCCGGCGGCAACUUCCGGCCGGACAUCCGUGAUCUUAUGGUUAAUAUCAUCAAGUUCCUCAGCAACAACGCCGCUCCUCUCACCAUCAACAUCUACCCCUUCCUUAGCCUCAACGCUGAUCCACAUUUCCCCAAAGAGUAUGCCUUCUUCAACGGCAAUGCCGCGCCCGUUAUCGAUGGCUCAAUCUCUUACACCAAUGUCCUCGAUGCAAAUUUUGACACUCUCGUCUCCGCUCUCGAGAAGAAUGGCUUUUCCAACAUGCCUAUCAUUAUUGGCGAGGUCGGGUGGCCGACCGAUGGAGAUCCUAGCGCCAAUAAAGCUAAUGCUCAAAGAUUCAAUCAAGGCCUAGUCGAACGCAUCAAUCGUCGGCAAGGCACACCAAAGAGGCCCGUGCCGGUAGACACAUACAUCUUUGCAAUCAUCGACGAGGACGCAAAGAGCAUUCAACCGGGGAGUUUCGAGCGACAUUGGGGAGUUUUCAAUAACGAUGGAACAAUCAAGUACUCUUUGAACAUGGGGAAGGGGAGGUCCUUGGUUCCAGCCAAAGGAGUUCGAUACUUGCCAAAGCAGUGGUGCGUGAUGUCACCGCAAGCUAGUCUGUCGGAUCCCAAUCUUCCAAAUAGCGUUGCAUAUGCUUGCGACCAUGCUGAUUGCACAAGCCUUACCUACGGCUCCUCCUGCAGCCAACUUGAUGCAAAAAGCAACGUUUCAUAUGCUUUCAAUGCCUAUUUUCAAACAAUGAACCAGAGUUCUUCCGCAUGCAAAUUUUCGAACCUAGCAACGGUUACCACCGUCGAUCCCUCUCCGCCUAAUCAAGGCAACACCCGGGAUGGCUGCCGAUUUGCGAUUAUGAUCGAUACUUCCAAAAGACGUCGACUUGCAAGACCGCCCAGAACUUCCUCGGCUUCACCCAGAAUAGCCCACAUUAGCUGCUGCCAUGGGAUCACUCUACUUCUCGCGCUCUUCGUUUUGAUUCUCAAAUAUUGAUCUUUUAUGCAUCAACAUUUGUUCUCAAGCCAUUGGUUUUAAUAAAGGAC